GAGGUGGAACCUGCUCUGCUUGUAUCCCCCAGCCUGUUCCUUUUUGUGUACUUUUGCAUAAGUUGUCAGAGUUUGGAUGUCUUCUAAAAUCCUCUUGUAAACUUUAAUCUCAAAUAAUAACUGAUCUUGGAACCAGAACAGGAUUCAGAAUUAUUUUCAUCAAAAUGACGAUCGUGUGCUUACAUCAUACUAUUCUGCUUACUUUAGUUUUUUUUUUCCAAAACACCUUCGGCGAUAUACAAAGAAUUUAUGGGGCUUUGGGUGGCCAAGUAUUUAUUCCAGCUUCUGCACAUGCCCACCCUGAAGGUGACCAACUUGAGUGUGGAUUUACAAGAGAAGGUGGAAAAAAACCUGAUGUGAUUAUACUAUGCAAUAUAAAGAAUAGGCAUUGUGAAUAUCCUGGCAAAGUUCGUUUUGAACUUCUGUUUGACAACUUCGUAAUCCUGUUGCGAGAUCUGAGAAGAGAGGAUUCUGGAAUAUACUCUUGUACCAUAACAGAGAAUAGUUCAAACCCCAUAACGAUUUCUUCAAACCUGCAAGUACUCGACAAUAUUUCUGAAUCCUUGACUAUGAAGAACAGAACGGAGGACAAAAACGUAACAGAAUUCAAUGAAACGUCAUCUGUUAUGAAGAAAUGGGUGUAUGGGCUGUCGAUAUCCAUUCUUAUGCUGGCUGUUUGCUCCUUUGUCAUCAUCAAUUUUGCCUACAAGGCAACUGCUAUGGCCAAUAUUGCAAGGACACAAAUGCCAAAUGCUGGUAUUAGAAUGAGAUGGUCAAAAGGGACUUUUUUCAAUCUCUAUUUAGGAACCACUGUAGGGAAUAUCGUGGCUGCCAUUGCAAUGUUUGUCAUCUGGAUCCAAGGAGGUCCUGUGCCAGCCCUUUCUGUGGCUAUUGUUGCUUUCACUAUAGGUUUUGUGUUGGUUUUUCUCAGUCUGGUUACUUGCAGUUUCAUCAACAGAGCAUUACUUCUCUUCAUCAUAAAUGCAUCAUCUCAUUUUAUGAACAUAGUUAUAUUUUUCACCUCAAUCAUUGGAAUCGCCACGAUGGCCACCGAUACAAGAAACUGUGAUAUAAAUGCAAAAUGUUGA